UUUUCCAGUUGUGUCUGGUGCAGACAGAGUUUCAGUGUCAGCGAUGGAGGGAGAUUCAAUCACUCUAUACACUGAUGUUAAAAUAAACCAACAAGAAAAGAUUUGCUGGUAUUUUAAUGGCACUCGCAUCGCUCAAAUCAGUGGAGAUCUCAGUUAUAUCUGUACAGAUGUUCAGUGUAAAGAUAGUGAUGAGAGAUUCAGAGACAGACUGAAGCUGGACAAUCAGACUGGAUCUCUGACCAUCACAAACAUCACAAACACAGACUCUGGACUUUAUAAACUACUGAUACUACGCAGUAGCAGCGACAGUGAAACAAUCUUCAGUAUUGUCAUUGGUGUUUCUGCUGCUGAACGAGAUGAAGUGAAGGAAGGAGAAUCUGUCACUUUAGAUCCUGGUGAAACUAAACACCCAAAUAAUGUGAUGACGUGGUAUUUUAAUGACAUUCUCAUCGCUGAAAUCACUGGAGAUCAGAGUAAGAUCUGUAGAGAUGAUCAGUGUGAUGAGAGAUUCAGAGACAGACUGAAGCUGGAUCAUCAGACUGGAUCUCUGACCAUCACAGACAUGAGGACAUCAGACUCUGGACUUUAUGAACUAACAAUCAUCAACAUCAGAUUCAGCAUCACUAGGAGCUUCAGAGUUACUGUCUCUGACUCAUAG